AUGGCUACACUUGAGAAAGAUUCUCACUCAGAGGCCCCUCUCGUGAUCGUUGUGGGAGCAGGUCUGGGCGGCCUCUCAGCAGCUGUCGCUAUCGCAUUGGCCGGACACUAUCGCGUGCUCGUCCUUGAAGCAGCGUCCAAGCUCGGGGAGAUUGGCGCAGGUAUCCAAUUGUCAUCGAACUGCUCCAAACUUUUGAUUCGCUGGGGUUGUGCCAAGUAUCUCGAGCCCAACGUUGUUGCACCGCAUCAUGGCCGUGUCUGUCGGUGGCAGGAUGGAGAGAUACUGACAGACCGAAUCAUGAACCCGACUGCCGAGGAGAAGUUUGGGGCCCCAUACUGGCACAUUCAUCGGGCUGAUUUGCAUCAAGGCCUUUUGGAUAGAGCAAGAGAGCUAGGUGUGGAAUUGCGCACCAACGCCCCUGUUACAAAGGUCCAAACGGGUGACGGUGAGACAAGCCCAGGCGUGACAUUGGAAUCGGGUGAGACCUUCGAAUGCAUAUUUGUCGUUGGGGCUGAUGGCAUUCACUCUAAAAUCAGGACCACGUUGUUUCCUGGGUUUGAGAAGCCCCGUCCUACUGGUGAUCUUGCCUAUCGCUUUCGUGUCGCUACAGCUGACAUGCUGGAAGACGAAACCCUCAAGCCUCUGGCUGAAACACCUGAUACUCACAGCUGGUGGGGUCCCGGAAAGCACAUCGUCGGAUACAUGUUGCGUGGAAAGCAAAUGUACAACGUUAUUACCUUGUUCCCUGACGAUGGGUCUCUUGGAGAUGCCACACGUGGAACAGGGACAAGUGAUCAUCUAAAAGAGAUUUACGAUGGAUGGUGUCCCAAAUAUCGAAAGCCGCGAGCUACCAAAAUCCAGAUGUUUUCCCGGGAUCAAAGAGCCAGGAACCAUCUUCCAGAUGGCCCUGAGCAGCGCGAGCGAGAUGCUCUCUUGAAAAAUCCGGAUCAGCAGACCAAGUCUCAUGUGUGGACAUGGGAUGAGGCCGACAGCAGCCCCGCGGGGGAUUGGGUUACAGGAUUGCAUGGCUAUGACGCGGAACACGAAGCUGUCAAGGCUAUUAGGUCUGAGGGGCUAGCCGUUCUGAAAACUUGA